ACUUCAAGUCUACACAUUUGCAAGUCACUACCAAACCUUCUAUUCCAUACGUUCCUUUGUCGCCGGGCGACUUAAUAAUCAACAACUUCUUUCUCUUCACGACAAAACAUAUUCCAAGCCAAUUCGCUAUAUACCCCCAGUUUUAUACUUCAGCCGCAAACAUGCAGUUCACUACCAUUGUCGCUACUCUCCUUUCCAUGGCUGUUUUCGCCACUGCUGCGCCUGUCGCUGCUGACGUCGGUGCCCGCCAGAACCACGGCAUGUGCGUCAAGGGCACUCCUGGUGCCGUUGAGCAGAUCCCCGACUGCUAGAUAUGAUACCAGGAAUGCAGAGGGGAAGAUAAUGGAUGGACGAGGUCAAGAGGAGGAAUUGGCGUGCCGUGGAGUAGUCCGACAUGCACUCCAUGCACAAAGUUUACGUACACCAAAGGAAUUAGUGUGUUAUCGAAUGGUAAUACCACGCGGAAUAGAAUUGUCCUCACAGAGUGACCACUUCCCC